AAUAAAUUCAAGUAGUCGACGUCUUGGUUUCUCGGGACCAUAACUGUUGUGAUUACCGUUGUGUCGAUUACUCUGAUCGUAAUUAACGGAACUUUAAAAGUUUUCUCUGAGCGCAGUAAGAGUUAAUCUGAGGUCAUUCACAUUAUGAAUCCCAGAAUUAUUGUACUGAGUUUUAUUUUUAUUUCAAUCCAACAUUCAAAUUCGCUGAGAAUAAAUUUAUCGAACGAUGACAAACGUCAUGCAAUUCGUGCGGUAUCGAAUAGUAUCAAUCAAUUUUCAUCUGAGUUUUAUGAGGCGCUAUCAAAUGAAGUAGGAGAUAAUUUUAUUUGUUCACCAUUGAGUGCUGCGAUGGUACUGAUGAUGGCUUCUUAUGGUGCUCGUGGUAAAACUGCUGAUGAAAUGACAGCAGCUUUGCACUCUGACAAUGAAAAUAACGUUCAAAAAAAUGGCAUCAAUUAUUUGAUUGAUAAUUUUAAUGCGAUCAAAAAGGCUCAGGUGAAGUUGGCGAAUAAAAUUUUUGUGGCCAAAGGAAUGGCAAUAAAGCCUGAGUUUAGAAAUAUAACUGAAUCGACAUUCAGGUCUGCUGCUGAAAGUCUCGAUUUCAUGAAAGCUGAUGCUGCGAGUCAGACUAUAAAUAGCUGGUGCGAGGAGCAGACUAAUUCUCGUAUAAAAAAUGUCGUUCAACCUGGUGAUCUCAAUGCAGACACUGCGCUUGUCCUCGUGAACGCCGUUUACUUCAAAGGCAAAUGGGCUGAUAAAUUUGUGGUGAAUGACACGCAACCAAGGACUUUUAAUCUUGAUGAUGUAAGAACUAAAACAGUGCCAAUGAUGCAUAGAUUAGGAAACUAUCGCUACGGUCUACUUCCUGAUUUAAGUGCGAGAUUCAUUGAAAUACCGUACGAGAGUACCGACGAAAAUGAUUCCCUCAGUAUGAUUAUAAUUCUUCCGAAUGAAGUAACCGGACUAAGAAGCAUCGAAGAAGGUAUCGAUAAAAUAAAAUUCGAGAGAUUAUUGUCCGGUGAACAGUACGAAAUAGAUUUAUUUAUACCAAAAUUUAAAAUUGAGAGCAAAAUAGACCUCAAAAAUUCACUUAACAAAUUGGGAAUGAAACAAAUGUUUGAAGACAGCGCUAAUUUCACGGGUAUAGUAGACUCCCCGGCGUUGAAGGUCAGCAAAAUUGUUCAAAAAGCUUUCAUUGAAGUCAAUGAAGAAGGCAGUGAAGCUGCAGCUGCCACCGUGUUUGAUCUUCAAAAUAGACUUGGGUUCAGUGAAAACUCAUUAAAGAGAGCGCACUUUCAUGUAGACAGACCAUUCGUCCUGCAAAUCGUCAGCGAACACACAGUAAUUUUUAGCGGGCAUAUAAAAGACAUAAAUAUCGAUAAUUUAAAUCAACCUGCUGUGAAAAAUAAUUAGAAUGUACUUAGAAUUUAAUGGUAAAUAAUUAAUUAUUAAAAAAAAUAAUAUAUUGAUAGACUUUUUAUUUAUCAAGUACAGUAUCAAAAUUUUAUUGCCAUUAUAUUUAUUAAUCGACAAUAAAAAAAAUUUAUAACUCAAAAAUUACGACA